UUUGUUAUAAAAAAUAAAUUUUUUAGUGGCAAUUAUUAAGCACAGCUGUUAAGCAUAGAAAUAUACUGUACUUAACUGUUGUUAUUUGAGCAAAACUUUUGAAUUAAUGAUUAUAAAUCAAUUGAUUGAAGCAAUCGUGACUAUAAUUUAAAUAAAACAAUUUUAUUUUAAAAGUUACAAAAAAGUGAUUAUAAUAAAAGUACAGUAAUUUAAUCGGAUAAGUAUUUUGAUAGUUGUGGUCACAUCGAUAUAGGCUAUCUAUUGAUUGUCCGAUAAAAGAUUACAAUUACGAAGGACACCACUCUUUAGAAUUUUGUUACAAAAACAAAUCUAAAAAUAUUUUGCUAUUAUAAUGAUUGAUAACAAAGAAGUAAAAGACUUUGACGAGACAUUCAAUAAGAUAUUGUCAGCACUUUUGGCAGAAAAAUCUUCAGAUGAAUUAACCGAAGUAACGAAUUGGGUAAAGGAGUGCAUAAAAUACAACGUUCCUCACGGAAAACGUAACCGCGGGCUGACUGUUGUGACCACUUUUCGCAUAAUAGCUGAACAACAAAAUAACAAUAAUGUAUCCGAAGAUGACAUUGAGUUGGCCCGUGUGUUGGGCUGGUGUGUCGAGUUUCUUCAGGCAUACUUCUUGGUGGUCGACGAUAUGAUGGAUCAGUCUAUUACAAGACGUGGACAGUUAUGUUGGUAUAAAUUGGAUUAUGUGGGACUAAUGGCUUGCAAUGAUGCGAUACUCAUUGAUCAAGAAAAUUAUCACAUUUUAAAAUUAUUCUUCAAAAAUAAGAAUUAUUAUUUAAAAUUAGUGGAUUUAUUUCAUGAGAUAUCACGGUAUACAUCGUAUGGUCAAUGUUUAGAUACGGCAUCUAAACCCCCGAAUAAAAGCCCACAAUUUGCUAGUUUCAGUCAAACCCGUUAUAAGAAUAUUGUUAAAUACAAGACAUCCUAUUAUUCAUUUGUUUUACCCGUAAGACUCGCUAUGUAUAUGUCAGGCGUUGACGAUGAAGACGAGCACAAGAAUGCCGAAGAAAUUCUUCUAAAAAUAGGACACAUGUUUCAGGUUCAGGACGACUAUCUCGACUGUUACGGUGAUUCGGCAAUCAUUGGUAAGAUUGGUACGGAUAUUGAAGAGGGGAAGUGUUGUUGGCCUAUCAUUAAGGCUUUUGAAGUGUCCAAUGAAAAACAAAUGGCAACUAUUAAAGAAAACUAUGGCAUCAAAGAUGGCGAUUGUGUACAAAAAGUCAAAGAAAUCUAUAACGAACUCAAUAUUAAAGACUUGUAUCACAAGGAAGAAGAAAUGCAAUACAAAGAUAUUUGCAAAUUAAUUGAUGAAAUGAAAACUAAAAGUCAAUUGAAUUCAAAUAUAUUUACUGACUUUUUGGCUAAAAUUUAUAAAAGACAAAAAUGAUUACAAUUAUAUUCAGUUAAUAACAUUUGAUUAUCCAUAAAAACAAAUUGUUAUAAAUGAUUAAUUAUAGUAACUAUAAAUGAUUUUGUAG